AUGAGGGCAGAGCGCGUGUUAAAAGACUUUGGUUCUUCCUCCGAAGACACGGUGCUGGAAAACGAGUACGUGCUUGCACGGAACUUUAUGAUCAUCAACACCAAGAUCGAUAACGGUCAGAGGGUCGGGUCGCUGCUCAACCUGAAACUGAGGCACAUCAAGAAUGCAGAGGUGAAGGGGAGCUGUCACGUGUGUGUGUGUGUGAUCGCAGCUCACAAGGCAGGGCACAUCUCGUCGGUGACUCUUGUCUUCAUGGAAGGACGCUGCAGGCAGAUGCAGAUUCCUGAAGGGGAGAGACAGGCUGCCUGGCUACACCAGCUCCCUGGAGGGAAACUCUGCUUCUGUCUUCCUAACUUACCCCGACAGAACAACCCCUCAGCCCAUGAACACCUCCGCCAUGGACAAAGCAAUCAAGUCUAUAUGAAAGGCGGCCGACAUAGGGAAAGACAUCUCGAGAAAAAAAGAGAGAAAGGGGACCGCCACCUCGGUACAAUUUUAAACAAUUUGAACAAAAACAUAAGAAUGGAACUAUAA